CAGCAGGUGUUGGCAACUUUACGUCAUGCAGGUAAACGCACGCGCGCUUGAUUCAUUGGAUUUUUGUGGAUCUGCUCACACGCAUGCGCGCUUGGAGAGGAUCGUUCAAAGUCAUCCUCUGUAUCUGAAUGAAGCGGAAGCACUCCACACCUGGAGGAGCGGCGGAGACACACCGGGACACGGGAGUGGGCGUGUCUGUGGCAGUGACGUCAGCCUGACGCAGCCGCCUCUUUGGUUACUCCGGAAGUUUGCGGAAGUUGUGAGGCAAAACUUCGAUCAUCGGAGCCGCGUCACUUUGUCAGAACAGGAGAGCGAACAGAUGGAGCUCCGCGCCGAGAAGAUCCAGCGGAUCCUGUCCAAGUACAAGUUCCGGGAUUUGGCCGUUGAGGAGCUUGAGAAAGUGAACCGGAUCUACCCGGACAUGCAGGUGUCCACCGCCACGUUCACGUUCAGCGACAGCACCCAGAAGGACCUCCUAAAAAUAACGGGGGUCAUCCCUGUUAAGUAUGAAGGUCGCUCCUACAACUUCCCCAUCCAGCUGUGGCUCUUGGACUCGUUCCCCUUCACCCCCCCCAUAUGCCUCCUCAAGCCCACGUCCAGCAUGGUCAUCAGAGAGGGCAAACACGUGGACGCCAAGGGGCGGGUUCACCUGCCGGGACUGCACAACUGGGAUUACCCAAAGUCUUCAGUGGUGGGUCUCCUGCCUGAGAUGAUCGCCAAGUUUGAAGAGGACCCGCCAUUGUCCUCGAAGGCGUCAGGAGAAGCUAAAAACCCGCACGAGCUCAUGGCGUUCGUCUCCAACCUGCAGCUCAAUGACGGUGGAGCCCAGCAUCAGGACCAGCCAGGUGGGAAGGUAACGGUCAUCGGGGGAGGGGAUCUGGGAAUGGCGUGUGUGACCAGCAUUCUAGCAAAGUGUCAUGUGGAUAAACUGGUUUUCAUUGACGUGGCGGAGAGCUCCACCAAAGGCGGCAGCACAGAUCUGGAGAUCUUCAGUCUGCCCAAG